AUGACAACCAGCACCAAUCUAGUGGAAACAACCCUCCCAGGACAAGUGAUCGGGAGCCACUCCCCUUCACACCCAAACCUAGGUUUGAGGUCUUCACCACCUACGAGAAUGUCCUGGUGCACGAGGCACCUAUCAUACCCAAGCCUCCCUCCAGGAGACAAGGUCUUCAACACUAAGCAGGGACGCCUACUGAAGACACAAAAAUUAGGCUGGGCUCCCAUUACCUUCUGCGAGGAAGAGCGUGGUGUCAUUCUCCCCCACGAUGACCCAAUCAUUAUCCGUGCUGACAUUUCUAACUUUGAUAUUGGGCAUAUCUUGGUGGACACUAGCAGCUCGGUUAGUGUGAUGUUUGCUGAUGCUUUCAACGAGCUCCAAAUCCCACCUCACUUGCUUGACCGAAGCAUCACACCCCUAGUGAGCUUCUCUGGUGAUGUUGUCCAGCCCAUUGGAAGCAUCCACCUCCCUGUCUCUAUUGGAGCAGCACCCCAGGGGGGACGGUCACCACUCCCUUCCUCAUUAUUGACUGCCCAACAGCCUACAACGUCAUCCUUGGGAGCCCUGCCAUGGCCCAAAUGA